AUGAUCCCACCUAGCGACGUCAAGCGGGUGUCGAAUGAAGUCGCGAAUGGCCCGCGUCAGUCACUCCCGUCCAUCUCGGAGGUGUUUUCAACCGGCAAGCCGAAUCACUAUUCGCCUACGACACCAAGCACGUUGGCUGGCUCUACCAAUCUCCCUCUCCCAUUUACAUCCGUGGGACCGCCGCCAUCACAACAGCGACCCGAACCCGGGCCGGAGCCCCGGCCAUUACCGCACGAUGACAAGUAUUAUCGGUACCCGCCACGCCACGACUCGGGCUCCUCUCAAGCACCAGCACCUCAGCCUUCAUAUUCCUACCCCGAGCGUCGUGACACUCCUAAGGCGCCAGAACCUGCUCCAAGCAGCAGUCACUUGAAUUCUCAGCCUCCUCCACCACCUCCUAUGCCAUAUCCUCCAGGACAACUGCCGCUUUCAGCAGCCCCGGCCCCGACUAGGGACCAUCCUCUCCCACCCUACGAUACGCAUCGCCCACCUCCUCCGCCGCGCGCAGAUGAUGAAUAUGGGAUGCAUCGAGCUCGUUACGAUACAGCCUUGAAUCGACACUUCGAGGCAUGGGGCUACGCAGACUGCUUGAACAAGAUUGCCUGGAACGCUAAUACUGUUCGUAACUUUGCCGAGGCCUACAUAAAAGUUGCGUCGGAGCAACAUGGUGGCCAACCCAUCCCUGAGCGUCUACCUAGUGAAAAGGAAGUCAGUGAACUUAUCGACAUAUCAAUUUGGCUGAAGAGUCAGUUGGAGAACGUUCGUGACAUUGUACAACAUAGUAUGGCGGAGAAGGCACGGGACAGCAACCGUAACGAUGGCACGAGCUACGAUGGUGAUGAUGACAUCAGCAUGUAUGGCGACAAUGUGAAGCCGUCAGCAUAUGGCCUGGGAGAGUCCAAGAAACGACGAGGGCGCGCCGCACCACCUGGACGCUGUCAUAGCUGCAAUCGUAUAGACACGCCGGAAUGGAGACGAGGGCCCGACGGCGCAAGGACGUUAUGUAAUGCGUGUGGACUUCAUUACGCCAAGCUGGAGCGCAAACGACAAAUGGAGCAACGAUCGAUCCGUCCCAAGGCUGUGGAAGAAAGGCCUUGA